AUUUAUUAUUAUUAUUAUUAUUAUUAUUAUUAUUACUAUUUAUUUUGGGGGCAAAACUUCCGUCGAGCGUUUAUACUUCGAGCUCUCUCUGGCCGUAGCUCUCCUUUGCGCUCUCUUUCUCCAUCUCAGGUUGUGUGUUUGAUCGGUGGAUCAAUGGCGUCGAGUCUUUUCAAAGCACUUGUUGAAUCUUCCUCCAAAAUUCCUUCUUCGGCUAGAAGUCUGAGUCUUGUUAGCAACCAAAUCGGCCAGCACACCGCCAAAUGGAUGCAGGAUACAAGUAAGAAAUCACCCAUGGAGUUGAUCAACGAGGUUCCACCGAUCAAGGUCGAAGGCCGUAUCGUUGCUUGUGAGGGAGACAGCAAUCCUGGCCUUGGUCAUCCAAUCGAGUUCAUAUGCCUCGAUCGGGAGGAGCCUGCCGUGUGCAAGUACUGUGGCCUGCGCUACACUCAGGACCAUCAUCACUAGAGAAGAUCUGCAAGUGAUCAUUCCAGACAGCAAUCCUGAACAUGGAAAGACAAUACCCUACCUUUUCCAAACUUGAAUUCUGUAACGAAAUGACUGUCAUGGUUGUACUCUGCCUGCAUAAAUAGGAAUUUGGGAAUUCCAUUCACUCACACUUGGCUGGUUCCAUUGUCUUUGCCAAAUUUGUUUCAUUGCCGUGUCUAAUGACUUUAUCAUGUUGACUCGAAUUCAAAUAAAAGGUUUUUGAUGUUCUUGGAGUUGCAAGAUUGAAAUGA